AGAGCCGCCUCCCUGCUCCUUCCCUGCCUCCUGCUCCGGGGCUCCCUCCCUGGGUGGCUGGGGGGGCUGGGAUGGUGUCGGGGCCGUGUCUUGGGGCGGAUGGCGUCCUCGGUCUUCGAGGGCACCUCUCUGGUGAACAUGUUCGUCAGGGGCUGCUGGGUCAACGGGGUCCGGCGCCUGGUGGUCAGCCGCCGCGGGGACGAGGAGGACUUCUUCGAGAUCCGCACCGAGUGGUCCGACAGGAACGUCCUCUACCUCCACCGCAGCUACGCAGACCUCCGCCGCCUCCUCGCCCGCCUCCGAGACGCCUUCCCCGGGGAACAGCAAGAGCAGCAGGAGCAGGAGCAGCAGGGGACCGGGCAGCUUCGGGCCCAGCAGGGAGCCCUCCUCCAAGGACUUAUCACAAUCAAAGAGUCUCAUGACAUAGAAACCAGGCUUAAUGAAGUAGAGAAGCUCCUCAAGAAUAUUAUAAAUAUGCCUUGGAAGUAUUCUCGAUCUGAAGUUGUCCUCACCUUCUUCGAAAGAUCUCCUCUAGACCAGGUGUUGAAAAAUGACAAUGUCCACAAAAUUCAACCAAGUUUUCAAAGUCCAGUUAAAAUAUCAGAAAUCAUGAGAUCAAAUGGAUUUUGUUUAGCCAACACUGAAACCAUAGUUAUUGACCACAGUAUACCAAAUGGUAAAGAAAAACACUUGGACGUCGACACAGCAGAACAUCUGUUUGACAGUGUUAGUGAAUUCACCUCUGAGCUUGAGGACAGCGAUGACCCAACAGCUUAUGUUACCAACCUGUCAUACUACCACCUGGUCCCAUUUGAAACUGAUAUUUUGGACUGACACUGUCUAGCAACAUGUAUGGCUGACAUCAGGUGGAUGUCUUUAUUUGUGACAUUUACCACCCAGAACUUGGCAUUUAUCAUGCCAGCUUCAAGGUGUGCGAUGCAAAGCAGGAAAGGGCUAGCUACAAAUAUAUGUCUUGAAGCUAGAAUUGCUGUUUGUUCUUCACUGGGGCUCCCGAAGGCACUGGCAAGAAUGCAGGUUACUUCUAAUGGACAAAGGGGCUUCCAUUAUGCCAAAAGGAAUGAGACAAGGAUGUCCAUUGCUAAAUAGCCUCAAGGGGAUGUAUGUUGAGAGACAUAAGGAAUUUCCACAACCUUAACAAAACAUUUGAUGAUGCAAAAAUUGGUGGCCCUGAUUCUUGUACAGCAACAUUUGCAAAGACCGUCCACAUUUCUUCUUUCUCAAGUGCUUUAGGACCCAUAAUGAUCUUUUGAAACUUUUUCUAUGGAAAGGCCUUCUGUGUUCAGAAACCAGUUGUUCCCUCCUCCAUUCCUCAGAGUGACAACAUAUAACAUGUCAUGGUGGUGCUUUCAUUGAGACAGACCCGGAAUAACUGAUGCCUUAUGUUCUGUGUGCCUAUAGGAAAUAAGCACAUAAAUGGGAUUGCUUGAUUUAACUUAUUCUAAGCCAGGGGUUUUAUUUAAUCAGUUAAUGACCUGUUGUUGUUUUCACUUGAAAUAGUAAUAAUGAUAAUAAUAAAAGGAAACAAAAAUAAACAAUGGGGAAACAAAUAACUUGCAUCCUAUGAUGGUGGGGUGGGAACAAUGAUUUUAAAAUAUUUUGUCUGAAUUUCUGAAAGUUUUCCUGGAAAUGUUAUAACCCUCUCCCAACUCCUGAACUAGGAAAUGUUGCAGUUUCAGUAUUUAAUUGUUUACAUUAAAAGGGUACCUACCUUCAUGUCGAUUGGUUCUGGACUACUGCUUUUAGAAUCCCUGACUCAGUGUGGCUGUUGGCUUUCUAAUGGAUGAAAUGUAGGACCUGUGUCAUAAGGAGACUGCCAGAAAUGUCUUCCACAUGCAUCUCUUCCACUGUUGUCAUGCAGGGAUGGGAAAACCUUUGCCCAGAAGGUGGUGUGGGACUGCAAGUCCCAUCAGCCCUAGCUAGUUUAACCAAUGUUGAGGGAUUAUAGGAACUGUGGUCCAACGUCAUCUAGAGAGCCACUCAUUCUACAAUCAUUUUGCAAUGUAUAGAUCCACUAGGGGGUUCAUAGCACGUAGCUUUGUUGCAUGGGUCAAUCUAUGUAAAAAGCAAUUCUACAUUUUACAAACCGGGGAGGAUCUUUGUACUAGAAGCGAUUCUUUUCAGUGGCAAAUCAGUGGCAACUGUAGCAUAUGUUUUUAUCUCAAAAAUAAAUAAAAAGGUGAUUUCAUAGCAAUAGAGCAUCAAAAUUAGGGGAAUUGACCCAAAACAUUUUGCUGCCUGAGGCAUAGCAGUGAAUUAUAUCCCCCUCCCCCCACACACAUACACACAAAUCAAGGUGGAUAAUACCCAAAGCCAGACAAAUUAUUCUGGCACAAGAGGCAGACAAGCCUGAAAGUGUUUCUUCCCACCCCUAGCAAUAAAAUAAGAAACUAAUUAAGAAUUUGUUCUUCUUUUGUGACACUAAAAUUUCCUGCUUUGGGCCACAACUGCACUCUGCAGCCCUGAACAUUAAUGCAACAGUCCUAGGAAACAUGGAGAAUAUACCCAUCUGCUAAAUUUGGAACAUAGCAGAAAUCCCUCCAUGGCUCACACUUCUCAUUUGCACAGAAAUAGACUAGCCUAUAUGGACAGCGUAAAGCUAUAAUGUGCCAUCAUUCUGCUUAAGUUUCCACCUUGAAAUUAUUUCUUUAGAUUGCUCUAGCACUAGUUCUCCUUUGCUUGCAUUCUAGGAUAGAUUUUUAAAAAUGGGGCUGGCCCCAAACAUUAUGCUCCCUGAGGCAAAUCAGCAAAUGCCCCCCCCCACUCGAUCAAGACGCAUAGUAGUUAAAGCUAGCCAAAUUAUUAUUUUUGGCACACAAAACUGAAAAUCUCAUAGGCACCACUCCCACAUCUCUAGCCAUAUAUAAGAUAGGAAAACAAAUUAACAAUUCGCAACCUAUGCUUAGAAAGUGGGAUGACAUGAUUCCCUUUUCUUUGGUGUUGAGUGGGCUUUGCCAGUACUUUCAGUGGAGAGAAGAAAUAAAUCCAUACAUUUCCUUUAGAUAAGGCUUAACAUGUAAAGUAGAAAAGUAGCCACUCUGCCUAAAAGUAAGGCUGGCCCUGAUAGAAAAAGCACAACAUUUUUGGUUUUUUAGAAAUAAAAAGCUGAGAGGGGCUUUAAUGUUAUGGCUCCUUCUGCCCACUGACUGCAUUGAUAAGGAGAUGCAAUAGCUUCUGAAUGAUGGUCCAUAGCUAUGAAGGGCCCAGAGCACUUGCCUGGCCACUGUUCAGGAGAAAAGAGUGAGCAAUCUUUGUGGGGAACAGGGUAGAAACCAGAUUCCUAGGCAAAAGGCAGAUAGUGAAACAUGGAUGAAGAAAGAGUACUGGCUCUGCUGCUGGUACUAGUAGUAGUAGUGUGAGAAGAUGAGAGUGUUCUGUUAAUAGGAAGCAGUUGACAUGACAGCGCAAGUAGGUCUUAACACUUUUAAGCUACUAAAUGGUUGGCUUUUGGCUCCAGCUCAUGGGACAACAAACACCUGUCUUCAGAGCUCACUCACCAUAGUUUGUGGCUAAGCUGUUUACUAAAGCACAUUGACACUAUAGGCCUCAGCUUGCUCCCUGGGGACUCUUGGAGACUAUGUUUCGCUUCACAGGGUUAGGUGUCUCUUAACACAGAAUUUUGAGUAUUCACAUCAAGCUACUCUUCCCAGGCAAGGAAGAAUAGGCAGGUAAACUCUUUAAAAAUAAAGAGAGGUUUAGUUGUAUGGCUGCCUUAAAAUCAGUGUAAUUGUCAGAUUUGAUGCAUAGGAAUUGAUGGGGAGCAGGAGGAGAUACAUUCCAAGCUACUUGUUCUCCUCAUCCUGUCCCUCAAGAAUGGUACACCUCUUUCGCCUGUGAACCCUCAGUAUUCCUUUGUAUAAUAACUGUAAAACAGAAUUUGCUAAUGUAAAUAGUAAUAAAUUAUUGAGAUCCCUAAUUGUUUUACAAUAUAUGUUUCUGAUAUAUUUUAAUGAAAUAAAAAAUAUUACUCAUCGGUGUAA